CGCCCAGAUCGGCAGACUGUGAUGACAAGUGCAACUUGGCCAGAUACUGUUCGUCACCUUGCACACUCUUAUUUGAAAGAUCCUAUGAUUGUAUAUGUUGGUACUCUGGAUCUAGUUGCUGUAAAUACAGUGAAGCAAGAUAUAAUUGUUACCACAGAAAGAGAAAAAAGAGCUCUUUUCCAGAAAUUCCUGGAGAACAUGUCACCCAAAGACAAAGUCAUUGUGUUUGUUAGCCGAAAACUUGUUGCUGAUGACUUAUCAAGUGAUUUAGGCAUUCAAGGCAUACCUGUGCAAUCACUACAUGGCAGCAGAGAACAAUAUGAUCGAGAACAAGCAUUAGAGGAUUUUAAAAGUGGAAGGGUGAAAAUAUUGAUUGCAACUGAUUUAGCAUCCCGAGGUCUUGAUGUUGCUGAUAUUACUCACGUAUAUAAUUAUGAUUUCCCACAGAAUAUUGAAGAAUAUGUACACAGAAUAGGGCGUACUGGAAGAGCAGGGAAGAUGGGCAUCUCAAUUACCCUUAUCACUCAAGAUGAUUCAAAGAUUGCCAAUGAGUUGAUUAAAAUUCUGAAAAGAGCAAAUCAGAGUGUCCCAGAAGAUCUUAUAUUUAUGGCAGAGCGUUACAACUUCCAUAAACAAAUGAAGGACACAGGAAAAAAGCCAAGUAAAUUUCAAGGAAGACCCAGAGAGUCUUAUUAGUUUAUGUUGAAAAGUUGCAGCA